UCAAACACACUCCUCUUUUUCUUUGAUUCCCUAGCAAGACGCUUGCAUCCUUAUUUCUUCAUUUACAAAACUAGCAAACCUCAGAAAAUUCCACACCAAUCAAAUCCCCUUCUACAUUAUUACAUGACAGUUGACAGAGCCAUAAAUCAUUAAAUCUCAACUAUUAGAAUUCCCUUAAAAACCUCCAAACCCAUCAAGGCAUCAAAACAAUGCUAGAUCCAGCCGCUGAAUUGGUGCCACCACCAUCUUCACCCACCAACUCUUCCAUUUCCUCUUCUGAUCUUGACACUGAGUCCACAGGGUCGUUUUUUCAUGAUAGAAGCACCACAUUGGGUACUCUAAUGGGAGUGAGCUUCCCAGCCAUUGCAUUCAGAGCUCCGUCGCAGCACCGCCGCGAAUCGCCGGCGGAAGCAGCAGCGGGAUCGAGGCGAGCCGCCGCAGCCGCGUCCAAGAAGAAGAAGAAGACAGCGAAUGCUUCAGCUGCCGCGGUGGCGGAACGGCGGAGGAGGUGGUGGCAGCUCUGCAGGGACGGCGACUCCGGCCCAGCGUCGCUCGGAGAUUUUCUUGAGGUGGAGCGGAGGUUCGGCGAUGUUGAAUUCUACGGCGCGGCGGCGGAGCUUGAGGGGAUAGUGGCACCAGCCGGUGGCGGCCAGCAGAGAAACGGAGGGAGGGUUCUGUUUGCCGACGGUAGGGUUCUUCCGCCGGAGGCUAACGUCGACGACGAUGGCGCAGCGGUGGCUGCGGGGAGUCUGUGCAAUAGGUUUCCAGUUUCGCUGGCCGGGAUCUGUAGCGGCGGCGCAGGAUAAGGAUCAAAUCAUCAAAGGCCUUUAAUUUUAUUUUAUUGUUAAUAAAAUUACUUCCUCUUCUUUUAAAUUAUUUUUGGUGGGGAUUGUUUGGUUGUUGGCUAAUUGGUGUAGAGAUUAUUUUUGCCUGUGGUUUACGUGCAAAAAAGCAUGUUUCUGCUUUUGGGAAAUUUUUUCUUUAUCUACUUUUCAUGUUACCAUGUAUAUCUCAAUGUUACUACACAUACAUA